AUGUCACUGUUACCUCCCGGGCUUGGGACCACUACGCAAGAUGAGAGCCCUGACGUUACUACAGAUAUCAAAUCGCAAGACAGUAAGAACUAUGGUAUGAGCGGAUUGCUGAGUUUUCUCAAGAUGGAACAAAAUGACCAUAAUAUGUUCGCAAUCGGCUCAGACGUUAUCAAUUAUGGUUUGGAUUUGCUGGAAGAUUCACAAGUUCUUAAAAACUUGGCACUGCCAUGGGUGGAAACUCUGCGACUGGAAGUUGAACCAUACUUCUCGCUCCCGUCAUCGAUUCAGCCGGACAAUAUUAUACCCCCGCCCGGUCCUUGCGACUUGAAGAUACAGUCAUUUUCCGAUGAAACGCUUUUCUACAUCUUUUAUAUGAAGCCAAGAGAUACACUUCAAGAGUAUGCCGCCCGCGAGCUCGUUCUGAGAAAUUGGAGGUAUCACAAGGAUAUUCAAGUGUGGCUCACCAAAGACUCCCAGGUUGAGCCUGUCCUCAUUUCUCCGGAUGUAGAGCGUGGUGUUUACAUCUUUUUCGAUCCUCACAAUUGGACAAAGAUAAAAAAGGAGUUUGUUUUGCAUUACUCUCUGGUGCAAGCUUAA